AGGGGACAUAAUUAAACACCAUGACAAGUGCAAGUUCAAGUUUCCCAGUGAAAACAAAACAGACAACAGAAUUAAUUGGUGGACACAAUACACAGGUUCUCUGCAGCCAUUUUAGUGAUAAGCUAUUUAUUAUAGUCACACAGCUUAACAAGAUUGGAAAUUUGAUAGAAGUACAAAGAGAUGUGGUGUUAGACGAAGAAGCAGGAAGACAACCAAUGUAUUCAACACGAGUUCUACUAGGCGUUGAUGAGCCUUUGACCCAUGUUCUUGCCAAAAAUUUGCUCUCCAAAAUAGACAGCACAAAACCAGUGAUACUUGGAAUGUCGUUGCAAGACACAUCUAGAGAUACAGUUGUUGCAAUUAGUAAUGUAGUCAAAACUGUUGUAACUGGUACUUAAAUCAACUUGAGGAUGUUGGUACCCAGUAUACGCCCACUACCACCAGUGGUCAUCAGAUGAUAGUCAGUCUUUGGGUCGGAUAGUAAUCACCUUUAUAUGAACUAUAACCAAUUACAACUAUGAAAUGGCCGGGUGUAUGAUAACAGACUGUGUUCUAAAUUUCUAAAUAGCUGUACAAAAACACAUUUUAGCUGAUAAAGUUAUCUUUCUUUGUACAGUUACAUGCAAAAAUAAAGUUUUAAGGUGUAUAA